CUACGCAUAAACAAACUUUAACCUCACGCGAGGCGACAAAACCAUAAUCACUCAUGGAAGAUUGCUAUAACACUGUAAGCAGCUGCGUAGAUGGGAACGUUGUAGUUUUAUCGCGUCGCGCAGUGUGUACAGUGUUGAUAGGGCACUGAAGGUCACUUCCUGAUUUACUGACUGUCGCAUUAUGUCCCAACAGAUUCAAAACGCUCUGCCCCUCUUUAAAUGACGUUUUGUAUCCCUGAAACGCGACAUUACUGCUACAGGUGGAAAUAGCAAGUUUUCUUACUUUAUUUGAGGCAGACCUGCACCUCAUUCAGUCAGGGCAGGUGAACUUAUCGAUUCGUAUGCUUUCCUGGCACGUUUAUAUCGGCGAGGAGGUUUUAAAAUGGCGGUGGCAGCGUCACAACAGGGUAUGGACUCUGGAGUGAAGGUGAGGGGGUGAUGGACGCACACGCAUCCCUUCACCUGCAGCAGGAACAUGGCAGAAGCAGAGCUUACGUCCAGUGAAAGCAACACAAACUGUCAGAACAACGAUGAUUCCCAGGUCUCAUCAAUAAUCAAGUCUUCACAGUGUUUGCGGAGUGCCCCCAAGCCUCUCACCCAAAACCAUGUCAACCAUUUCAUGCCCUCAUGCUCUCAGCCCCCACAUGUCUCACUCGGCUGCAAAUUAUUCACUCCAUGUAACGGCGCAGGUGAUGAGGAUCGCAGUAGCCUGGCCUCUCAGGACUCUGGUAUCCCCACCCUUGAGAUCAACCCACCUGAGCACAUUCAUGCUCGGGUCAACACAGCUGAGCUGGUGGUUCCACCGCCACUUGAUGAUAAUCCAGCAACACUUAACUUGGAUAUUUCAGAUAGCUCCUUACUCAAGUCUUCCACCUUCCCCCGUUGUGACUUUGAUUUGGUACGUCUCUACGGUGCAAGUGGGCUUUCCAGUGCAGCAGGCAAGGGUACAUUGAACCGCAGUGAUGAUAUUUCAGUGUGCAGUGUGUCCAGUUUAAGUACUGAGUUUUCUGCCACAUUGUCAGUCAGUAAUGAGGACUUCCUAGACUUCAUGGUUACAUCCGAGUCCAGCGCCGUUGUUACAUUUGAGAAUGAUGAUGUGUUGCACCGUUCUGAUAAUUCCCUCUCACCCCCUACUAACCUACACGGCAAGCUGAGCAGCCCACAACGGCAGGCAGUGGGGGUCUCUACGCCUCAUGAGGCUAGGCCCAAGAGACUGGGACCUCUCGCCAACUUCUUCCACAGGAGUCUUUUUGCUAAGAGGAUGAAGGACACGGGUGCACUGGAAGGACAGCGAGAGCCUGGGUGGAAGCUGUUUGGUAAAGUUCCACAUAAAGAAUUUUCAACCAACGACUCCAGGAAAAUACCAAAGGAAUAUGAAAGCAGGAGUGGACACACAAGCAAUUCCACAUCUCCCAAGAAGAACGUAAGAAAGAACCUGGACUUUGAGCCACUUUCAACCACAGCCCUUAUACUGGAGAACCGUCCAGCGAAUCUUCCCGCAAAGCCUGAGGAAGAAGCCCAGAAACACAGACAAGAAUAUGAGGAGAUGGUGGCUCAGGCCAAGAAGAGAGAGCUGAAAGAGGCCCAGAAACGGAAAAAACAGCUAGAGGACAGGUGUAAACUAGAGGAAAGCAUCGGCAAUGCUGCGCUUACCUGGAGUCAGGAGAUAUUACCCAACUGGCAAAGCAUGUGUUCAUCUAGGCGGGUGAGAGAUUUAUGGUGGCAAGGUCUGCCACCAAGUGUGAGGGGCAAAGUCUGGAGUCUAGCGAUAGGAAAUGACCUGAACAUCACAGAUGAGCUGUAUGACAUCUGUUUGGCAAGAGCUAAGGAAAAGUGGAAUGCCUUUGUAGCCCCGACGGCUGCUGCAGAAACAGAGAGUGAAGAUACAGGCUUGUCUCAUGCUGAUCGAGAGGCCAGUCUAGAACUGAUCAAGUUAGACAUUUCCAGAACCUUUCCCAGUCUCUGUAUAUUCCAACAGGGAGGCCCAUACCAUGAUGUAUUGCACAGCAUUCUGGGAGCUUACACUUGCUAUCGUCCCGAUGUGGGAUAUGUGCAAGGAAUGUCCUUUAUAGCAGCAGUGUUGAUUCUCAACAUGAACACUGCUGAUGCCUUCAUUGCAUUUGCCAAUUUGUUGAACAAGCCUUGUCAAAUGGCUUUCUACAGAGUGGACCACAGCCUUAUGUUGACAUACUUUGCAGCAUUUGAAGUGUUCUUUGAAGAAAAUCUACCAAAGCUUUUUGCACAUUUCAAAAAUAACAGUCUGUCCUCUGAUAUUUAUUUAAUUGACUGGAUCUUCACCUUGUACAGUAAAUCACUCCCACUGGACAUUGCGUGUCGUGUGUGGGACGUGUUCUGUCGUGAUGGUGAGGAAUUUCUCUUCCGCACUGCUCUGGGUAUCCUGCAUCUUUAUGAGGAUAUCCUCACACACAUGGACUUCAUCCACAUUGCUCAGUUCCUGACACGCCUGCCGGACUGUCUCUCUGCUGAGGAGAUCUUCUCCAGCAUCACCACCAUCAACAUGAACAGCAAGAACAAGAAAUGGCCACAGGUUCUUCAGGCUUUGCAGAAAGGACAAGAUCGGGGCAGUCCACUACUGAAACGCUAAGGAUGCAUCCUCGUGUGUUCCCUUCCACCUUACAGAGACUAAGAGAGAAACUCAUGUUGACUGUGCAUGGGUAUUCCUGCAUACCUCUGGUACCUCAUCAGAGAAUAUCAGUUCCAGUGGCCACUCUGUGUCCUCUUCCAUACAAACUGAUGCUUGGAAUACAAACUGAUCUCACAGGGCUGGAACGGAGACAACACAUCACAUGAAUGUACACUCCACCUCUCAGUUAGGUGUGGCAAUGUGAGUUUGUGAAGCUCUUAACUAUUCCAUGUCUCUGUCCACUAUUUACUCCUUCACCCUUUAUCUUUGGCUUUAUCAUUUUCUCUCCCUUAGCUUAAACGUGGCAUUUCCAUUUAAGCGAAAUAAAGUAAUAUAUAUUUUGCUGUG